AUGUCACGAUUUGACAAACAGGAUUUGUUGUUUUAUUCUUCCGUAUUGGUAGCCUUGUUGACAAUUAACAUUGGUUGUGCAAGCACUGCCUCUACUACAACUGGCAGCCCCUCUACUACUGCCAGCCCCUCUACUACUGCUAGUACUGCAUCAACAUCUACUCUAGCAGCAGAUACUACUACAGUUUCUGUAGUCACCGACAAUUGUACUAAAAUUAUUAAUGAAGAAGACUGCUGUAAUGCCACUGAUUGUUUCUUUUUUAUUUGUAAAGCUAAACCAGGAUGUUUUCAUAUGAAUACAACAACAGAUCCAACAUGUACCAAUAAUUGUACGACCUCAAUUAUUAGUUCAUCCACUGCAGAUAUCACAACAGUCACCACAACAACAGCAGCAUCACACUCAACAACAGGACAACAUUUUGAUUCAGCAUCAUUUAUAGGUGGUAUUGUUUUAUGUGCAGGUUUGGUAGCUAUUACUUAUUUUGGUUGUAAAUUUUAUAAAGCUAAAACUGAUAGAAAUUAUCACACAUUAUAAACUUAUUGAUUGUUUUCUACACAUUAUUCUCAAGUUUCAUGUCUGAUGCAAU